AUGGACUCUCAACGGCCGAACGAUGUGUCGCCCGAGGCCAUGCAGGCGCGCAUUCAACAGGCGCGACGCGAGGCUGAGAACCUAAAAGAUAGGAUCAAGCGAAAGAAGGAUGAGCUGGCCGACACUACUCUCCGCGCCGUUGCGCAGCAAUCCCACGAAUCAAUUCCUAGGAACCAAUUAAUGAAGACGAAGAGGACGCUCAAGGGACAUCUGGCAAAAAUCUACGCCAUGCACUGGUCAACUGACCGAAGACACCUGGUAUCCGCUUCGCAAGAUGGAAAGUUGAUUAUUUGGGAUGCCUACACGACGAACAAGGUCCACGCCAUCCCUCUGAGAUCCUCCUGGGUCAUGACCUGCGCUUACGCCCCGAGCGGUAACUACGUCGCCUGCGGUGGUCUGGAUAAUAUCUGUUCUAUUUAUAACCUCAACCAAAACCGAGACGGCCCGACACGCGUUGCCCGCGAACUAUCUGGCCAUGCCGGUUACUUGUCUUGCUGCCGAUUCAUCAACGACCGGAGCAUCUUGACCUCGUCCGGUGAUAUGACAUGUAUGAAGUGGGAUAUCGAGACCGGUACUAAGGUUAUGGAGUUUGCCGACCACCUUGGCGACGUAAUGAGCAUCAGCUUAAAUCCUACUAACCAGAACACAUUCAUAUCUGGAGCCUGCGAUGCUUUUGCUAAGCUUUGGGAUAUCCGUGCCGGCAAGGCUGUGCAGACAUUCGCCGGCCAUGAGUCAGAUAUCAACGCCAUCCAGUUCUUCCCGGAUGGGCAUUCUUUUGUCACCGGUUCCGAUGAUGCGACGUGUAGGCUAUUCGAUAUCCGGGCAGACAGAGAGCUCAAUCUCUACGGCUCGGAAUCUAUUCUAUGUGGUAUCACAUCCGUGGCCACUUCUGUAUCGGGUCGCCUGCUGUUCGCUGGGUACGAUGACUUCGAGUGCAAGGUAUGGGACGUUACGAGAGGUGAGAAAGUCGGGUCACUUGUGGGCCAUGAGAACCGUGUCAGCUGUUUGGGUGUUAGCAACGAUGGCAUCAGCUUGUGCACAGGUUCUUGGGACUCGGUGCUCAAAAUCUGGGCGUAUUAGAUGUAGACGAUGGUCUACAACACCGAUAUCGAGACUCCUUACCCGAAUCGUUGGUGCUAUUGUCAUCUUUCGUCGAAUGAAUAUUUGAAACUAAUUUCAACCUAAUACGCAUUUUUUUUUUGGAAUCGUCAUGAUUCGGUGCUGUUAGGACGAAGUCACGACAGCCUUUCUCAGCACCUAUUUUUCCUUACUGGCCUACGUUAUACUUGAUUCCCACCCAACGACUGUUUGCUGCCGCCGACCAAGGAGCCAUAGGAGUGUAUAGUCCCCCGGUCUUGUCCGCCCUUCGAUACCAGAAUAAUAUCAUGUUUCUAUGCCUGUCUUCCAUCUGUCGGCUAUUCGGUUAAUUUACCGCCCUGGACUCCGACGACGACGACGCUGCUGCUGUCGAACACAUGGCUCGGUCUAGCCUCUGCUCCUCGAAAUGUGGACGU